GUAAACAGUAAUCUAAGCGCCUAUUGAUUAAAAUACCUUUAUGAUUUCUGAUGAUACAAAAUCACGCAAACUAUUGGACGGCGAGAAAUUUAACGUCAAAGCGAUAAAUGGUUUUAAUUCAUAGGAUCAGGAAGUGGGAAUUACAGUAAAGACAUUUGUUCUGGCAACAAAUGGACUUCGUGACAAAUGCAUCAUUAAACUGCAAUUAUAAGUGUCUAAUGUUUAUAAAUAAGCCUAUAUAUAUAGCGCGCGAUCGACCACAAGUCCUUAAUGUCAAACAGAGUUACCCCAGACCGACAAAACUCGGCCGAUCCAAUUUUGCCUCCACCACCGGAUUACUAUAGCAGUUCACAAACUGCGCCGCCGCCAGCUCAAUAUACGAGUGUUGAACCGAGUACUACAACUGAUAGUGAUACAGCUGCUGGGCCUUCUACUACAAAACCAACGAGUGAACGAUACAAAAUGUCAAAACGACAGUCCUCAACGUUUCGCCCAAAUGACAUGGACGGGGAUACUGUCAUCGGAGCCAAUGAAAAUGAAGACUCAAGUGGAGGUUGUGCAAUGAUAUUAACGAUACUGUGUUAUGUCAUUGUUGUUUUUACCAUACCUUUAUCAUUGUGUGUUUGUAUCAAGGUUGUUCAAGAAUAUGAAAGAGCUGUUAUUUUUAGACUUGGUCGAUUAGUCUCUGGUGGUGCCAAGGGACCUGGAAUAUUCUUUGUUUUACCAUGUAUUGAACAAUAUACCAAAUGUGAUUUAAGAACCAUAUCAUUUGAUAUCCCUCCACAAGAGGUUUUAACAAGAGACAGUGUUACCGUAUCUGUGGAUGCUGUUGUUUAUUAUAAAAUCUCCAAUCCAACAGUUUCUGUGGCUAAUGUAGCAGAUGCUGCUCAUUCCACACAACUUCUGGCUCAGACAACUCUCAGAAAUGUGCUUGGUACCAAAAAUUUGACAGAAAUUCUGGCUGAAAGAGACAUCAUUAGUCAGGACAUGCAGAAUACAUUGGAUGAAGCUACAGACAGAUGGGGUAUUAAAGUAGAACGUGUUGAAAUUAAAGAUGUUCGUCUGCCAGUACAGUUACAAAGAGCUAUGGCUGCUGAAGCCGAGGCUGCCAGAGAAGCCAGAGCAAAGGUUAUUGCCGCUGAAGGAGAACAGAAAGCAUCUAAAGCUUUAAAAGAAGCUGCCGAUAUUAUGGUUGACUCUCCUGCUGCCUUACAGCUUCGAUAUCUACAGACACUCAAUUCUAUCUCUGCGGAGAAAAACUCGACAAUUAUAUUCCCCUUACCUAUGGAUCUUUUGACUCAUUUUGUAAAAUGAGAACCGAAAUGUCAUUAACUGAUUUUUAUACGCCCACAUUGAAAUGUUGUUGAAUAUUGUUGUCACCACUGUCUGUCUGUCCCUUGUUGCUAGAGACGAAAUUAUCAUCAGAUUGUCUGGAAAUUUAUACACAGGGUUUGUUUUUUUUUAGACAGGGUGCCACGGUAAUAACCCACUAACCAGGGCGUACCAGGUUCGAUCCUGGUGAUUUAAAGACUUAAAUUCCUUCCGUCAUGAAAAUGCACACAUUAUCAACCCAAAAAAAUUUAAAUGUGCAACAACCUUUAUAGAUUGCUUGGAUGACUUAGCUGCUGUAGGCGUAUAUUUCAUUGUCUGGCAAUCUAUCUUUACAAAAUAACAAUAACAAUUUCAUUCAGAUCAUUUUUUAAGACCACAGAACUGAAAAGUAUAAUGCACCUUACUAAUCAGUAGUGGUUACCGUGGAAACGUCUAAUAAUACCAGUUAUGUAUGUAUUUUUAUUUGAAUGUCUUGUUAUGGUUACCCUAAAUGAUAUACACACAAUUUUUUGACAAGAUCAAAAAUUUUAAUGGAACCAUUUCUUUUUUAAACUAGUUUAUGUACAGGUUGUCGGACUAAUGCAGUCUGUUGAAAAACCUUUGUAUAUUAAUUCAAAGCCAUCCCUUGAAGGCAGAAUGCUCAACUUUACCUUUAUACUUUUUAUAUGCCAACAGGUGGUCACUGUGCCAUCUCUGUUGGUCAGGAUCAGAUCUUUUUAAAAUUUAUAUAUCGUCGGUGAAGUGUCAAAAGGGUGUACCUAAGAAUUUCUAAAGAUUAAGAAAUAGAACCUUUUGCAUUUCAAAAUUUCCACAAAUCAGAAUGAAAUGAAAUGAAAUGGGAUUUAACACCACAAAUCAAGAUACAACAUUUGGACACAUGAUACCCAGAACAGUUCUAAUUGGCGUAGAGAUACACAGCUUAGACAGAAAUGUACAUAUUAAUUGGGAGAUUUAAAAAAUGCGAAAAGUGUAUUUGAUUAAUUUCCCCGAGAUACACUCUUUUGACACUUCACCAACGAUAUGAUGUUUACAUUAGGGAGCUGAAGAAGCUUACUGAAUUUAUGAUAACAACUUUGUAGAAUCGCAUAAAUGCUGUUCUGAUGUUAUCGUGCAAUCUCUAUAAGCGCUGUUCAGAUUAUAGGAAUGAAUGCUCAUCAAAUACAUUUUCUCUUUCCAUUCAUUUCUUCUUGAGUUAUGGUUCUUGUUAAUGCUCUCUGGCAGCAAAAUCUAUUGCUGAACAUCCAGGUAUAAAAAAAAGGUAACCAAAAUUUUUGUACUUCCAAAAAUACCAAAACUUCAAUCAGUCCUAAAAAAUUAAGGGCAGGCUUUGGAAAGAGUUGAGCAUUCAGCCAUUACUAAUAAUCUCAUUAUUCAUUUAUUAAUAAUUUUAACAUUUAGAUUCUUAAAGAUAUCCUCGAUAAUCAUGGUCUUUAGAGCUUCUUCACUGGAAGAUUUCGGACAAUUUACAAGUAUUAAUUAAUGUAACUGUGAUUAUGGUAUACAGUUGCAAUGGAUGUUACCAAGCAAUGUGUUCUGAUAUCAAUGGCAGAUUCACUGGUUGACACUCUGUAUUAUUUAACCUCUUGUGGAUUUGUCAGGCAGUCUGAGUCUAUGAUUUGAUUUUUUCUGAUCACAAACAAUACCAGUUGGAGACCAGAGAAAGGUUUCACAUAAUAUUCUCAGACUUCAGUUAAUAAUUGACACAAAAUUAUUUGUCUUAUUUUUACUAAAAUAUAGCCAUUAAUAAAACUUGGGUUGUUUUAAUGUAUCAAAUACAGCAAUAAGAAACUAUGUGCAAAGUUUUGUGUUUCUGGAUCAAAGAUAUUGAAUGUGGUGUAAAUUCUUAACCUCAGUCUGCCUAGUGAAAUCGGGUCUAGUUCCUGGUCCCAAAAUUUAGAGGAUCAAACAUGUGACCCAGUGCUCAAGGGAACAUAUCUUUUAACCAAAAGGAUCAUCAUUUUUUUUAAAAUUUACUUUUUUAUAAAAGUUCAUGUGUAUAGUGUAUUGUACAUAUUUACAUAGAAAUCUUCACUAAUUUAAUUUUUUUUUUUCAGUACUUAAAGGUACAAUAUCAUAAUGAAACAAAAUAUAUGAAGAGAACAACUUCGAAAUCUUUUUAGAACCAAGUUCUAUGUUUUUUUGAUAUGAUUAAAAUCAGAUACCAAAUAGAUUUCUUUUUUUUUAAUGUAACCAUAUUGAUAUUUGGUUUGAAAUCAGCUCUUGGCCAAUCAAAUUGCCUGUACUGGUAUAAAGGGCUGCAUUUUGAUCUGAUUAAAAUCUGAUAUCAAUUAUGUUUCACUUAUUUUUAUUAGUUCUACUUUGACAUUAUCUUUGAAGUCGGCUCUUUAAUACAUGCUAACGUUUUGGCCAAUCAAACUGUCUGUAUUGCUAUAAAAUGGCUGCUUUUUAUGGGGAUUUAGAACCGGUAAAUCUGUAAGGUUUAGGGUUAGAAUUUGAUUGUCUGAAACAAUUGAAAAUCUCAAAAUUGUCAUAGAAACCAGAAAAAAAAAUAAACCAAGCAAAAAUUGAAUCUAAUUUUAAUUAUAUAGCCUGGAACUAAGCCACUUAUCACAGAUAUUGUCAGGUACAUGCUCAGGCUUUUUUAGGCCCAAUUCCCAUGGUGGCUGUCAUUUUGUCAUUCACUGAUUUCCGGGGGUGUUAUUGAUACAUGUAUAUUAAAUACAUGUCUGGCAUAAAGUUACAACUUCAUCAAUGUCUGACAAGUUAUUAAUAUAUACUAAUAUUUGUGACUGUAGUGGUGGCUUUGGAUUACUGUUUCCGGUUUCAUAGUUAUACUACUUUUAUCCCAGGUGAUCUGCUAGUUAAAACAUAUAUUAUGAGGUAACGCUUCUCUCAGGUUUUGCUCAAGUAUAUAUUUUAAAUAAUGAUAUACCUAUUGUAUUGAGGGAGUGCGCUCAUUUCUCAGGCAUUAAAUUACAAAAUUCAUACAUUAUUAGUGCUUAUACUGACAAAAUGUGACCCACUCCCACAAAACCAGGCGCUUGUCACACAACUUCAUUAUGUACUACAGGCACAAAAGCAUAAACUGUAUGGCUUCUUGUUGCUGUGAAUGAGCCGAACUUAACUCCAGAUGAUACGACAAAUUUAAAAAGAAUUGCUUUUUGGAAAGAUUAGGCUGUGUGGAUUAUUCAAAUAUGCUGCCAGCUCUAUUUUUAUAAAAAUGACCAAGAGCCUGGUUAUGUGGGAGCAGCUCGCAAAUGAUGGUGCAGUGUCAAAGACAGUGUAUGCGUAUUGCUUACCAUCAUUUUAAAUUUUUGAUUUAAACAACUUUUGAUGUUUUAGUCGUAAAGUUGAGUGAGGGUGUGAAUCAAUCUGUACAGAAUUACAACAGGCAUAAUAAAUUAUACCUCUAUGUACAUACAUGAUCUGCCAUGCUAACCAGAUCAUGAUAAUACAGUGGUCCUUAGAUAAACCUGUGGCCAUCAAAUUCCCUCUUUUCCCUUAUAAGAAAUUCAGUUGUGUUUAUAAGGUCAAACACUGGAGGAUGAAUCCUUAUUUGAUCCAUAACCCAGUUCAACAAUUUUGACCAUCAUUUAAGAAUGACUUUAUAAAACAAUGCAGAUAGAAUCAGGUUAUUCCAUACAUUUUGGCAUGACAAGGUGAAGCAUCGCCUUCCCUACCUCGUGGGUUUUAUCCUGAGUUCUAAUGACAUAGUUUCUGUCAAUUGGAUGUAAUACUCCAUACAGUUGGAGGGGUGUUAGGUGGCUGAAUGGUUAGCACGUUCGCACUGUAUCAUAAUGUCUGUCAUUGAGUCAACUGGCGUGGUUUCGAUUCUGCGAUUGUACGUGACAAGGGUUUUCUCUGGGUUUUCUGGUUUCCUCCUACUUUUAAAAACCCCUAAGCACAAGCAAAUUAUUGAUAUAAAAUUGAACCAUGUGUUAGUCCCAAAAUGACCUAGUUUGUGUCAAGUGGAGUUAAACCCCAUCCCUCUCUCUCCAUACAGUUGGAUAUCUAAUUUGCAUACCUAACACACACAAGUAAUAAAACAUCAGGUAAUAAAUCUGGAACUUUACCUUUAAGACAGUUCUAUAGCUGAUAUUAUUUGUUAUCUUGUAAAUUAUGUUAAUUGACUUUGUGUGAAGUAAUAUUUUAUGAAUAAAAUACUGUUAGUUAUAAUUGUA